AAUUAGGAGGUGAGUUUUGGUUUUGGUGUUGAAGCUCGCUCGGACCGAACCCGAUCUUGGUGGCUGAAUCUCCGAAGCUGAGGUCGAAUUUGCAGUUGGACCGAGCAAUCCGUACCCUCUUCCUCUCCUUGCGUUCUGCCAUAUGGUUUGAGAUUGUUUGGUGAAAUUUUGGAAGAAAAAGAAAGAAGCAAAAUUGUUUUGCAUUUUUGGCGGUGGACCAUCAUGAGUGCCGGUGGUGGUAAACAGUUGAUUUCUGUUCUUCCUGAUGAGCUCAAAUUCCUAUUUGAGCUGGAAAAGCAAAGCUUUUGUGAUCUAAAAGUUGUCAAUAACACAGAACACCAUGUUGCUUUUAAGGUUAAAACUACUUCACCUAAGAAGUAUUUUGUACGGCCCAACACUGGUGUUAUACAAGCUUGGGAUUCAUGUGUUAUCAGAGUCACCCUCCAAGCCCAACGGGAAUAUCCUCCAGAUAUGCAGUGCAAAGAUAAAUUUCUUCUACAGAGUACAACAGUGCCUCCAAAUACUGAUGUUGAUGACCUUCCACAAGAUACUUUCACUAAGGAAAGUGGAAGGGUUUUAGAGGAGUGCAAGCUUAGAGUUGUGUAUGUCGCUUCGGGUGCUCAAGGAAACUCAGAAGAUGAAGCUACGAGGAGCUCCAUGCGUAGUCUUGAUGCUAAUUCUAAUCAGGCUUUUCAGCGCCUGAAGGAAGAAAGAGAUGCAUCUGUUAGACAAACACAGCAACUUCAACAGGAACUGGAUAUAUUGAAGAGGCGAAGAUUUCGGAAGGGUGACUCAGGCUUUUCCUUCACCUUCGCAAUUUUUGUGGGACUUAUUGGACUCAUGGUUGGCUUCCUUUUGAACCUUUCGUUGUCUUCACCAACUACAGAAUGACUUCGACGUUUUUAUUCAGGACAUCAGGAAAUAUUUUCUUGACAAAUUCGUUGUAUAAUUUAUUUAUGUUCCGUUUGCUGGAAAGUUUGCUUUACUUCCUUUUUUGUAUAUUGAUGAUUGUUGCAAAUUUGCAUCAUGAUUAGUUGAUUUAUUGAAUAUGUUUCUGUUUCA